ACAAAUUUUUCCUGAAGAUUAUUGUAAACUUUUCAGCAUUCAUAUGAACCAAAAGAAAAGUAAUACAAAACUACAAUUUUUUAUACAAAUGUCAUAAUCGAAUAUAUUAUUCGACAGAUCACCAAAAAAAGCGACCUUUCUUUAAUCUUUUUCGCAUUAAUGUGAAUGUUUAUGGGGUUCUGAACGUUCGAAGUUUCUUUCAGACAUGGCGGGCCAGACAAAGUCAAUGCCGGCAAUAACGGACUCUCCCCCAAUUGUGUUUCUCAUUCUAUAAUUAGACUCCAAUCACUCCCAAAUUCCCAUAUUCUUUUUAUCUCUCAGAUUCCACAAAACAAAGAAGACAACACAAAGGAAACAAUGGAGAGCAAUGGAGAGAAGAAGACAGUUUCAAGACAAUCAUCAUCCUUCAGUCUACGUAGCCCAAGCUUAAACGCACUUCGUCUCCAACGCAUCUUCGACUUAUUCGACAAAAACGGCGACGGUUUCAUCACCGUCGAAGAGCUAAGCCAAGCUCUAUCCCGUCUCGGUCUCAACGCUGAUCUCUCCGAUCUCAAAUCAACCGUCGAAUCUUACAUCCAACCCGGAAACACCGGUCUCAAUUUCGACGACUUCUCUGCUUUGCACAAGACGCUCGACGACUCUUUCUUCGGCGGAGACGGAGAUGUUAACGAUGGUAAUAACGAUCCUUCUUCCGCCGCUGCUGAUGAAACGGAUCUCCAGGAAGCGUUUAAGGUGUUUGACGAGAACGGCGACGGUUUCAUCUCCGCUAGAGAGCUUCAAGCUGUUCUCAAGAAACUUGGUUUGCCUGAAGGUGGUGAGAUGGAGCGAGUUGAGAAGAUGAUCGUUUCCGUUGACCGGAAUCAAGAUGGUCGCGUUGACUUUUUCGAGUUCAAGAACAUGAUGCGCACCGUCGUCAUCCCUUCUUCUUAAAAAAAAAAAAAAAUUUCCUCCAAAGAUUAUUAAAGUUUGUAUUUUUCUCAGUUUAUUAUUAUAUGUAACGAAUGAUUCAAAACUUAAUUUUAUAAAGAAAUAAACUUUUUUUUU